GGAGAGCUCAGCGUGCUGGACGACAUCCUCACCGAGGCCCCUGAUCAGGACGACGAGCUCUACAACCCGGAGAGUGAACACCGCGUCAACCAGAAAAAAGGUACUUUUACCACACAGUUCUGUGAAUCGACAGAUUUAAAAGCCUAUAUUGUCUGAGUCUGUUCAUGCUAAAUCCACUCAUUGUCAUCAUCCCGGUUUGCAGUAGAGUUGACGAGCAGUUUAAUAAGGGUGCACACGUUAAAAAAACAAGUUGUUUCUUUCUUCUUAUUUAUUUGAUUGAAUUCGGUGUCGAAGCCAGUCCCAAACAGACCAGGUUACAUAUUGGCCUUGAUAUUGAAGAUGAAUAUGGCUUUUCCCCCUCCAGGGUCUAAGAGGAAGAACGACCGAGGGGAUAACCACGAGCUGAAGCGUCUGCGGCCCUCGGCUCACACCACCACAAGACAGGCCACUAAGAGAUCUGCCCCCUCGGCUGGGGCCAGCGGGAAGAAGCCUGUCAACCCCAGGCGGGGACGGCACCCCUCCGAGUACAGGACUGAAGAUUACUACGAGGACAGGAAGACCCAUCCUAUGAGAGAUCCUCCCAAAACAGCCCAGCCUGACAAGCCCCUGGGCCGCAGGAGAGAGCCAGACAGACAGAGGAUCAAGCCCCUCAUGCCUGAGCUCACCACAGAGGUAGGAGCAGCUUUAUUAAAGAUCACAGGGGGAAAUCACUUUAGCUAUAGCUGCAGGGCUGUUCAAAUCUGGUCCUGGUGGGCA